AGACUCGGACCAUGGCCUCGGAUCACGGGGUCCCGGGGGCCGGCGUCUUUGGAGAUUUACCCCCGAGUUAUGCGCGCUCUCAGCCGCCCGCGAACCCAGAACUUGUCCGGAGACCCAGCUACUGCCACGCUGCUUUCGCACUUAAACAGAUCUCUAAGGGUAAGGCGGUAGGUCAGAAAGCUCCUCUGUGGAUCCGGGCGAGGUUCCAGGCCCUCCUGUUCUCUCUGGGCUGCCACAUCCAGAGGCACUGUGGGAAGGUCCUCUUUAUUGGACUCUUAGUAUUCGGGGCUCUGUCUGUGGGGCUCCGAGUCGCAGCCAUCGAGACGGACAUCGAGCAGCUAUGGGUGGAAGCUGGCAGUCGGGUGAGUACAGAGCUUCGCUACACCAAGGAGAAGCAGGGAGAGGAGUCAGUAUUUACCUCACAGAUGCUUAUCCAGACCCCCAAAGAAGAGGGCACCAGUAUUCUUACCCAGGAGGCCUUGCUGGUCCACAUGGAGGCUGCUGUGUCUGCUAGCAAGGUCCAGGUGUCGCUGUUUGGAAAAUCAUGGGAUCUUAACAAAAUAUGCUAUAAAUCAGGAGUUCCUAUUAUUGAAAAUGUCAUGAUUGAAAGGAUGAUUGACAAGCUAUUUCCCUGUAUGAUAAUCACCCCAUUGGACUGUUUUUGGGAAGGGGCCAAACUACAGGGAGGCUCCGCCUAUUUACCGGGUAUGCCGGACAUCCAGUGGAUGAAUCUUGAUCCAGUCAAGCUGAUGGAGGAGCUCAGUCAGUUCACUUCACUGGAAGGAUUUAAGGAGAUGUUGGACAAAGCCCAGGUGGGCCAUGCCUACAUGAACAGGUCUUGUCUGGACCCCUCAGACCCCGACUGCCCUCUUAGUGCCCCCAACAAAGACAGAGGAGAGAGUCCUGACAUUGCCAGGCGUCUCCAGGGUGGUUGCCACGGUUUCAGCCGGAAGUUCAUGCACUGGCAGGAGGAGCUGAUCCUCGGUGGGCUGGUCAAAAGCAGCCAGGACACUUUGCUGAGUGCGGAGGCCCUCCAGACCAUGUUCCUGUUGAUGAGUCCGAAGCAGCUGUACGAACACUUUAAAGACGACUACGAGAUCCACGACAUCAACUGGAACGAAGAUAAGGCCACCGCCAUCCUCGAGUCCUGGCAGAGGAAGUUUGUGGAGGUCGUCCAUCAGAGCAUCCCAACUAACUCCAGCCAGUCAAUCCACGCUUUUUCCACCACCACCCUCAACGACAUCAUGAAAUCCUUCUCUGAUGUCAGCGUCAUCAGGGUGGCUGGAGGAUACUUGCUCAUGCUCGCCUAUGCCUGCGUGACCAUGCUGAGGUGGGACUGUGCUAAGUCCCAGGGGGCCGUUGGGCUGGCCGGUGUGCUGCUGGUGGCCCUGUCAGUGGCCGCGGGGCUGGGUCUGUGCUCCCUGCUUGGCCUCUCCUUCAACGCCGCCACCACACAGGUGCUUCCCUUCCUGGCACUAGGGAUCGGUGUGGAUGACAUGUUUCUGUUGGCUCACUCCUUCACAGAAACUGGAACUUGCAUCCCAUUCAAGGACCGGACAGGCGACUGUUUACGUCGCACCGGCACCAGCGUCGCUCUGACUUCCAUAAACAACAUGAUUGCAUUCUUCAUGGCUGCCCUCGUACCCAUCCCGGCCUUGCGAGCUUUCUCCUUGCAGGCGGCCAUCGUGGUUGUGUUUAACUUCGCCAUGGUGCUGCUCAUCUUCCCCGCCAUCCUGAGCUUGGACCUCCACCGACGCGAGGACAAGCGUUUGGACGUCCUCUGCUGCUUGUACAGCCCCGGCUCCAACCGAGUCAUCCACCUCUCCCCGCACGAGCUGUCGGACGCCGGGGAGCAGCCGCACACGCCCACGGCGGCAACGACGCACACGCACCAGUACACUGCUGGGUCCACGAUCACGACCAGCACCCAGAUCACCACCACAGUGCAGGCGUUCACUCAGUGUGACGCAGCAGGACAGCAUAUUGUUACAAUUCUACCGCCUACCUCACAGAUCUCCACUAGCCCAACUUCCAUCAUCAUCUGCCCCACCUCACAGGCUUCAGCCACCAUACCUUCCCCAACCACCUCAGUGCCUGACCCCUACGGCUCCCAGCUCUUCAACCCUACCUCCAGCUCAACCCGGGACCUCCUCGCCCAGGUGAAAGACUCCAAAUCGGGAAAAAAGUGCGUCCCACUCCCUUUCCUAAACUGGAACCUGUCCAGCUUUGCCAGGGAUAAAUACGCCCCUCUGCUCCUCAAUCCGAAAAGCAAAGCCAUUGUGGUGGUCCUCUUCCUUGGUCUCCUGGGCCUCAGCUUGUACGGGACAACAAUGGUGCACGACGGCCUCUACCUGACUGACAUUGUGCCACGCGACACCAAGGAGUAUGAUUUCAUUGACGCCCAGUUCAAGUACUUCUCCUUCUACAACAUGUACCUUGUCACCAUGGAUGGAUUUGACUACGCUCGGUCACAGCGGCUGCUGAUCCAGCUGCACAACGCUUUUAACUCUGUUAGAUGCGUGGUCAGAGACAGCGACGGCAAACUGCCCCGCAUGUGGCUGCACUACUUCCAGGACUGGCUCAGAGGUCUACAGAUGUCUUUUGAUGCUGACUGGCAGGCAGGCAGGAUUACGGCUGACAGCUAUCGCAAUGGCACGGAGGACGGAGCUCUGGCGUACAAACUCCUCAUCCAGACCGGCUCCAAGAAGGAGCCUUUUAACUACAGCCAGCUGGUGUCCCGUCGGCUGGUAGACGCUGAGGGUCUGAUCCCCGCAGAGGUGUUUUACAUUUACCUGACCGUUUGGGUCAGUAACGAUCCUCUGGGCUACGCUGCCUCCCAGGCCAACUUCUACCCCCAUCCCAGAGAGUGGAUUCACGACAAGUACGACACUACCGGGGAGAAUCUGCGCAUCCCAGCUGCAGAGGCCCUCGAGUUUGCCCAGUUCCCCUUCUACCUGAACGGCCUUCGCCAGGCUAGCGACUUUGUGGAGGCCAUAGAGAGUGUGCGGGCCAUCUGUGAUGAGUUCAGCCGCAAGGGCGUGUUCAACUACCCUAACGGAUACCCCUUCCUGUUCUGGGAGCAGUACAUUGGCCUCAGACACUGGUUCCUCCUGGCGAUCAGUGUGGUGCUAGCCUGCACCUUCCUGGUCUGUGCGAUCCUCCUGCUCAACCCCUGGACUGCCGGCAUCAUUGUGUUUAUCUUGGCCAUGAUGACGGUGGAGCUGUUCGGCAUCAUGGGUUUGAUUGGCAUCAAGCUCAGCGCCAUCCCCGUGGUCAUCCUGAUCGCUUCUGUGGGCAUCGGAGUGGAGUUCACUGUUCACAUUGCACUGGGCUUCCUGACAGCGAUUGGCAACCGAAACAAACGCUCGGAGGUGGCUCUGGAGCACAUGUUUGCCCCGGUGGUCGACGGAGCCAUCUCCACGCUGCUCGGCGUUCUCAUGCUGGCAGGGUCCGAGUUUGACUUCAUCAUGAGGUACUUCUUUGCCGUGUUGGUCAUCCUGACAGUGCUGGGCAUGCUGAACGGCCUAGUUCUCCUGCCGGUCCUCCUUUCCAUGAUGGGGCCGCCAUCUGAAGUCACUCUAAUCGACAAUGCCAUCCGGUUGCCCACACCCUCCCCCGAGCCCCAACUCCCGCCACCGAUAACCCACCACGGAUACUAUACGGGCAACCACAACCCGCGGUCGCCCCGUCAGCAAGCGUUUUCAGAGUCAUCGGACUCCGAGUAUUACUCUGAGAUGACCACCACGUCAGGGAUCGGGGAGGAGGAUUAUAAGUACUGUGACCGGAGCGCAUACAUGGAAUCGCACGUCAACGUUCCACCUCCUACGUCUCAUAUACUGCUGGAAGCCAGCAAGAACCCCAGCUUCCCCAAGCUCACGGUGGUGAAGCCGUUCAAAGAAAAUGCAACUGGGAGGAUAGAACCAUUAAAUGAAUCUUUGUACAAUGCACAGUCACCUCUCAGCUCCCAGGUCACGUGCUGGGACGGGAACAAGCGGGAGCAGCAGCCGGGCCUCCAGAGGCCCCAGGCUCAGCCCGGACAACAUUUACCCAGCGACAGAGCUUACUUCCCUGGGAGGACUUGUCAAAGUGGACCCAGGCCUCAUAACGGCAGAGGGCCUCAGCCAAACAGGACUAAAGGGCCAAGCUAUAACAAUAGCACCUCCAACCUGCCGUUGCAACAAGGCUUGACUGGGGGUCCCAUUACUUUGGUUACAGCCACAGCCUCUGUGACGGUGGCUGUGCAUCCGAACUUGCCGGGGGCGGCGUAUCAUGGCUACAUGCAUGAAGGUUUUGACACUGAAAGCGAGUCAGACUGUUUCGAGGCUGCUAAGAGGACUUGUGGUGACAAAACAAACUUUUCUUCAUAUAAGAGAAACUCUAUAGAGAUCCAGGACUUGGAAGAAACACAGACACAGCAUCAGCUCUGCAAGACACAAGGUGGGUUGAGGAUCCAGGCAGCCAAAGAUUGCUAGACUCUCUCACACACACACUGUGCCUUCUGCUUCUUCAAGCCCCUGCCUGCCUCCCGGAGCACCUUGACCCCCACGGGGGCGCCACGCUGCGUCUCCAACUCUCAACUGUAAAUAGACUUCAAAAAGCAACAACAACAACAAAAGAUUUAUUUCAAGGACAUAUUAAGAAACAAAUGACUUGUUUUAAGAAUUAUAUAAAUCUAUGAGUAUAUAUUUUAAUACUAAAAAAGAGCUAUUUAAAGGAGUACUGUAUAACUUUGGUAUACUCUUGUGUAAAAGAUCAGAUGUAAAAGAUUAUUUUUGGGGGGGUGUGGGGGGGCAGUUGAUUUCCCCCCUCCCCCCAUAGUGUAUAGAAUAAGAAAUAUGCUAUAUGUAAAAAGUGUCCACAGAAAGUGAGAUGUUAUUAAGAUAUUAGGCUAUUGAACAUACAUGGUCAGUGUUUUAUUUGUAUUGUUAUGUUUUGUUUUUUUUGCUGCUACACAAUAAUUGUAAGUGAUUUGCCUUAAAAAAAUGCAGUAUCCCCCCCUCGUCUCCCUCCCUCUUACGUCAGUAUACUUAGAGAUUCUGCGUCUGACACACUCUCUUGUAUUUUAGAUAUAGAUAUUCUUAUUGCAGUGUAAUAAGAGCAGAGAAUUACACUGUUUCCUAAACAGCAGUAACCACCGUGCCUUCAGUAAAAUCCCCCCCGUCCUUGCUAAACCGCAGCGUCCAGCUCAGUAUUAUGAUCCCGCUUUCGUGUGAAUAUCAUCUGUUUCGUCCAGACGAAGAGUAGAUUGAUGUUUGUCAGUUAUCACAUUAUGUGUCCACGUCUGGGAAUAUCUUUUUAUGUGAUCAUUCUGUCGACACGCUGGCAGGGUCACUUCUAUUUCAUGUAUCAAUUUUCAUGUUGAGUCUGGCAAUGUCCUCAGUUCUCCGCAGUUUUAAACUACUUGAAGGAGCUAUGAUAAGAUUAUACUUAUUUUCUCUACUGCAGUUUUUGUAAGCUCCACAGCGGUCGAAGUUCACAUUUGUCACUUUGAGACAAACAUGUUUCUCGCCUCCUCGUUUUAUUUUGAAAGGGAAUUAGAAAAAUCCGAAUGCAAAGGGAGUGAUUUUAUUUGUUUUCUGCCUUUUUCUUUUCUUUUGUCUUUGCUGGCUGCUUUCGGGUUGUAACACGUUCAUGCUGUUGUGACCCAGUGCAAUUAUUGCAUCGUGUAAAUAGGCUCAUUCUUGAAUUGUAAUGCUUCCGCCUGCUCCAACUCACUUUCUAAUGUCUCCCUCUGCUUGUUCAUACAAACCUCACAUGUGCCACGCUCUUUCUUUCUUUUGGUUCUUAGGAUUUAUCGUUUAAUUUAAGAUUCUGUCGUUGUUCGUUCAGUAUUGGUCUCAUCACUGCCAGGUUAAAUUGCAGGGAAAAACUUUGCCAAUCAUUUAUUUUUUUCUUUCAUGUCAUUUUUUGUUUUUACAGUGGCAGCUUUUGUUUCUUUUGUUAAAACAGAAGAAGAGUUCAGUAGCUACUCAUCAGAAACGGGCGAAGCACCAUUUGUCACUUCGAUCAGACGGGAGGUGUUGUCAGACAGUGGGGGGGGUUUACGGGGGGGAAGCUCCUGCAUCAGUUUGUAGUUUAUUUCAACAACAAAAAAUUGUUAAUGUCAUGCCAUAUAAAUUAUUUAUAUUAAAAAUUUAUUUUUGUAGUUUGUACAGAUGUUAGUAUUUAGACUGAAGUUAUAUUUUUAAAGAGUAAAUAUAUAUUAUAUAUAAAUAUAUCUAUUUGUUGCAGAGUUUGUUGUUUUUUGUUGUUUCGUUUGCAUUAUUUUUUGGGGGAUUGGGGGAGAUUAUGGGAGGGAGGGGUUGACAACACUUUAGAGCAGAGGCCUUUUGUUUUUUGUUUUUUGUGAAGCGAAGGGUUGGAGGACCAUUAAGGAGAAGGUGUGUAGGAAUGUGUCACUGUUACACCUUGUUUCUAAGUUUUCUUUCGGCCCUUCCUUCUUCAUUGUCAUUUUUUUUUUUUUAUGAUCUUGUCCAUGUCUAAAACACUGUGACUUCUGAAAACUAUGCUCAAGAAAACCCUUAAGUGACCGUUAUGUUCCCUCACCUGCUAUAGAAAUUUAACUAACAAAAUAAAUUGAAUGAAAACAAAGUG